GACACGAGUUUCCAGCCGGCGCUAAAUCAAGGUGCCCCGGGUACGAUGGCGUCGAUGCUCUUACGCCCGUUGCUUCUCCAGACUUCUCAGCGAUUGUUCGCGGCGGCGAAGGGAGCCGCCUUGCUUGGUUCUCAGCCGCGCCGAAACAAAAAGCUCUGGCUCCAAGCUUAUAUGGAGCAGCAGCGUUUGCUUGAGCCCCCCAGGCGCCGGUCUGAGAAGCCUAACUGGGAUUACCAUGCAGAAAUAGAAGCUUUUGGCCAUCGGAUACACGAGACAUUCCCACUGGACCAACUCAAAACCGCGUUUGUUAAUCCCUGCUAUAUAAAAAAUGAAGAAUCUAAACGCCAAGAACUUGGACUAAAAAAAGUAGACCUUUUUCUUAAUCUCAAGGACAAUCAGGAACUUUCUUUACAGGGAGCUUCCUUUUCGCACUCUUACCUCACACAGUGCUUUGAAGAAGCCUUUCCAAAAAUGCCACCUGCUGGCAUUGAAGCUCUUGUUAACUAUCUCACCAGUGAAGAAAUAGUAUCCUACAUUGCUACAAACCUAUCUUUGCAAGACUUGACACUUUGUGCAGAAUUUCCUGUGCCACCUAAGGUGCUGCAGGAGACUCUUUUUGCUGUAAUAGGAGCUUUGCUUCAAGAUAAUAGCUCUCAAAGAACAGAGAUCUUUAUCAGAGACUUCUUCAUCCCUCAGUUGAUAGGAAAGGAACUAUUUGAGAUGUGGAACAUUGUAAACCCCAUGGGAUUGCUGCUGGAAGAACUGGCCAAAAGGAAUAUAACUGCUCCAGAACCAAGGCUAACCAGGCAGUCAGGAGCUACCACUGCUUUGCCCUUGUUCUUUGUUGGGUUAUAUUGUGAUAAGAAGCUUCUAGCUGAAGGUACUGGUGAAACAGUAUUAGCUGCUGAAGAAGAGGCUGCUCGUGUGGCCUUGCGGAAACUUUAUGGAUUCACCGAGAACAGACAACCCUGGCAUUACCCUUCUUUGAAAUGCGAGAAGAAAGCUGAAAAAGCUAUUAGCAGUAGUUAGGCAAAAAAAAAAUCAGGUCAUUUGCAACAAUAGUGUAUUUCAGGAAGAACUUUUUUUCCUUCUCUUCCAUUAGAUUUAUCUAAAUUAGAAUGCUUUGAAUAAAAGUGAUCUAUCAAACGAUUCAU